AUGCCACACGGAAGUGCACCUAAGCCGGACCCUCUGCCGGUCCGCGGAACGAUUGUGAGUGGGGCGGUGAGCGUUAGCCUGGAUGAUUCCUGGACUGGCCGCAGUUUACUCGAGGCCCUGGGUCGCCUGCCAUUACGGGCCUUUGACAUGCGCUUUCAGCAGCGCCAGCAGCAGGAACGUGACCAACGGAAAAUCGACCAGAUUGCCACCCGAACGACCACGACGACGACGACGGCGGCAUCGGUGGUUACGUCGUCCAAUGGGCGCACCACCACAAACAGCGCGGCAAGUGCAACGGUCGAGCUAUCCGAGCGUCUCAACGCCACCACCCUCUCGUCCACGCUCGGUGCGGGCAAGGUGCGCCAAAUGUUCGACGAACGGCGCCACCGGGUGGCCGGCAUCGACAAGAGCUACCCGCUGCAGCCGAUCCAAACGAAAACGACAGCGACAGGAAUCGCAACGACGACGAUGACGGCGGCGGCGGCGGCUGCUACCAAUGGCAACUACACCGUCAACGGCAAUAACAGCGCCAGCAAUGGUGGUCUCGCCGAUGGAUCGCUUUCCCGGGGUGUGGCCAAGGCAGGGCUAAACAAUAAAACACGUGUCCCGCCGAUAUCGGCCAACUCCCGGCCCCGCUUGAUGCAGCAGCAGCCGCCGAGCCAACGUGGUCAGAAUUUGCGCCAACAGGACAGCAACGUGGGCUUGCAGGGCUCCCGUGGUAGCAAUUCCGGUGAAACCUUGCAGGCCGAGGCAGAAGCCGAUGACAACGAUAAUUUUCUGGAGCUGGAAAAGUUUCCAGACACGAUGUCACUCGAAGGCGAUUUAGUAAAUUCAACAAAUCACAUCCAUUCCCCCAACGGAAACUAUGUUCCGGCGAAAACACCACGAAGCAAUGGCUCAUCGAGGACGUUGCCAAACUCGUCUGUUCAAAAAGCGACCAGAAAGCCUUCGGUAACCACAACAACGGCUACGUCGGCUGCUUCGACUCCACGAUCCACGAACGGAUCCGCCAAAUCGGGCACCGCGCCGUCACGAUUUGUUGGGCCGGUAAAAUCCAACGGGCCGUCGCGUACCGUAACGCAGCCAAGUCCUGUCAGUUCGGCAGGUUCGGUGCGGAAGGCGUCGGCGAAUGGUGGCAGUAUGCUUUCAGCAACGUCGCUCGCCAACGAACCAGUGCCCGAUGGCUUGACACGGUGUGAAAUUUGCUCUCGCAACUUUGCCGACGACCGGAUCGAGAAGCACCGGAUAAUCUGCCAGAAGACGAAGUCGAAAAAGCGCAAGGUGUUCGACGCCACGAAGCACCGCGUGCAGGGAACGGAUGCGGAAAAGUACGUCCUCAGAGGAAAGAAGACUUCCGUCACUGCGCAAGCUCGAAAGCCAUCCACGCAACUAGCUCCGGCGGUCGCGUCUGCCGGACAAGUGGCGGCCGGCGGUGGCAACAAGCAGAGCAACUGGCGAAAAAAGCACGAAGAAUUCAUUGCCACCAUCCGGGCCGCAAAGGAACUGAAGGCCCAUCUGGCGAAGGGUGGCAAGCUGUCCGAUCUACCACCGCCGCCACCGUCCGAGAAUCCAGACUACGUCCAAUGUCCGCACUGUUCGCGCCGCUUCAAUCAGACCGCCGCCGAUCGGCACAUCCCAAAAUGUGCCACGAUGCUGCAUAACAAACCGAAACCGAAACCGAAGGCGGCCUCGACCGGGCGAAGAUACUGAACACUUUCCCGGAGUGGAAAUGGCAGGCCACUCUCAUCAAGCAUUUAUUAUUGCAUGUAUUUUUUUUUUUACUAAUUUACUACUACCUACCGUCCGUUUCGUACCUUUGGAACGAUUGAAAUUUUAGAGCAAAAUUUUAGUUUAUGAACAAAAAAGUCAGAUGCCUGAAGGGAUGGUACAACCUGUUGUGGAAAAUCGACCGAAUACUCACCUGAAACCGAAAGAAAAGUACACGAAACGAUGAAACUGAUAAUCAUCAUGCCAUACUAACCCACGAAACACGAAAGAUCGAACAAGAAAUAAAAACCGUCUUUUUAUCGAAGUGCUUAACAAACAAUAAACAAAAGAGCAUGCAACAUAUAAAAAACCCCUAACGCGCAAAUACUAUACGACAUGGCUGUGUGUGUGACGACA